AUGAUUAUUGAGUCGUCUUUCAACCCGUCUCCACAAUACUCUACGGCUCCGUCGCCGAUACUGCCCAGUUCUAACCCCAGCACCCCUAUUUGCAUCUUCCCGUUGAUCUCUGAAAGGUCGCACAACAGGCGUUGGGAUGGGUCUAAACUGCACGAGUUCCGCAAGCGUUUGAUUACCAGCAAGAUUACCGUAGAAGAUGUAGAUGAUGUCGCGGCUAAUUUCCUUGAUGACGAGAUAGCAGAUGUUGCUAUGGAUUGGCUGGGAAACACGGUACGUAUUUUGCUGUUCGAGAAGUGCUCUGCCGGGACUCGUCUUGCCAUGCUGGAACGCGUUGCCCCUCAUCUCGCCAUGAUCGGUAUUAACAGGAACGGCACUUGGGCAGCCCAGAAGAUUAUAGAAUGCGUGCAGACACCGGAAGAGGUGGCUCUCGUUACCCAAAACCUUCGGCCCUAUGUGCUGUCACUGUUAUUGGAUCAGUUUGGUAAUCAUGUUGUGCAAUGCUGUCUUCGCUUUGGCUCUCCUACGACUGAUUUCUUAUUCGAGGCCAUGGACGGCCAUCUCUGGAGGAUCGCUCAAGGACUUUUUGGAGCCCGCAGUAUGAGGGCCUGUCUGGAAAGCUCUCACGUCACCGUCAGCCAGCAACACAAGAUCGCCACCGCUAUCAUCCGCGACUCAAUUUCACUCGCGACCAACCUGAACAGCGCUCUCCUGUUGACUUGGUUGCUUGACACCUCCAACUUCCCGUCGCGCUAUAGCCUGCUGGCGCGACGUUUCACACCUCGCCUAUCUCAUCUCUGCACACACGACCUGGCUUCUUUGGCGGUACUCAGGAUCGUCAACCAAAAGGUUGAGCCUGAGGCGUCCGCUCGGGUUGUGGAAGCCCUAUUCCAGUCUCCGAACGACCGUGUCCUAACCGAUGUUCUCAGCAACCAAGUCAAUGGUUCCGCUGUUGUUCACAAACUCUUGACAAGCCCUUUCGUUAGCCCGGAGCAACGUGUCGCUUACGCCGAGGUCACCAAGCGCGUGCUCAUUAAGUUGAAGGCGAUUACAAUCCAGGCGUACCACCGUCUCGUUGAGGAAGUCGGUCUCCUUGUAGCCCACCCACAGCCUACGUAUUCUACAAACGUGUCCCAACCCACAAAGACGAAGCACAACUCCGACGUUCCCGGCUUGCCUGCUGGUUAUCUCCCAACCGAUCAGGAAUCAGCUUUCACGAUGGCUGCGCUACAAAUGGACGGACAGAGCGCAACUGCAGCUCCCCGUCGCCUCUAG